AUGGAGGAGUGGGAGUAUUUAGAAGGACACAAGGACCUCUACAAGGACGUCAUGAUGGACAAUCAGCCGCCCCUCACAUCACCGGAUGUCCAUCUGGCACCACCCAGUGUAGAUGGACCAUCGGAUUCCUCGUAUCCUGAGGAACCUCAGACUGUGCGGGACCGGGCCGGCCUUCCAACAGGGAAGAGCUUCUCCUGUAUUGGGUAUGGGAAAUGUUUCCAUUCUAAAUCCAAUCUUAAUGAGCAUAAAAGAACGCACACGGGGGAGAAGCCGUAUUCCUGUACUGACUGCAGGAAAUGUUUUGCAAGAAAAUCACAACUUGUCACACAUCAAAUUUCUCACACGGGGGAAAAGCCAUAUUCCUGUCCUGAGUGCGGGAAAUGUUUUUCAGGGAGCUUUAGUCUUAACAGGCAUCAAAGGUCUCACACGGGGGAGAAGCCGUAUUCCUGUCCUGAGUGCGGGAAAUGUUUUUCACACAACUCCAGCCUUUAUGCACAUCAGAGAUUGCACACGGGGGAAAAGCCGUAUUCCUGUCCUGAGUGCGGGAAAUGUUUUUCCGAUCAGUCCAAACUUGCCAAACAUCAGAAAUCGCACACGAGGGAGAAGCCUCAUUCCUGUCCUGAGUGCGGGAAAUGUUUUUCACAGAAGUUUUUUCUUUACAGACAUUGGAGAUCGCACACGGGGGAGAAGCCGUAUUCCUGUGCCGAGUGCGGGAAAUGUUUUGUACACAAAUUAAACCUUGUCACACAUCAAAGGUCUCACACGGGGGAGAAGCCGUAUUCCUGUCCUAAGUGCGGGAAGAGUUUUGGGCAAAAAUCAAAUCUUGUCACACAUCAGAGAUCUCACACGGGGGAGAAGCCGUAUUGCUGUCCUGAGUGCGGGAAAUGUUUUUCAGGGAAGUCCAAUCUUAUCACACAUGAAAGAUCUCACAUGAGUAAGAAGCCACCUUCCUGUCCUGAGUGCGGGAAAUGUUUUCGUUUUAAUUCCCAUCUUGUUGUGCAUAAAAGAACUCACACAGGUGAGAAGCCACAUUCCUGUCCCGAGUGCGGGAAAUGUUUUUCAUUGAAAUCCAAUCUUUCCAAACAUCAGAGAUUGCACAUAGGGGAGAAGCUGUAUUCCUGUCCUGAGUGCGGGAAAUGUUUUUCAGAUAAGUUUGAUUUUUAUUCUCAUCAGAGGACUCACACAGGUGAGAGACCAUAUUCCUGUGCUGAGUGCGGGAAAUGUUUUUCAGUGAAGUUUAGUCUUUGCAGACAUCAGAGAUCUCACACAGAACAAAAGCCGUAUUUCUGUCCUGAGUGUGGGAAAUGUUUUUCACAGAAGCCCCAUCUUUACAGACAUCAGAGAUCUCACACAGGGGAGAAGCCUUAUUCCUGUCCUGAGUGCGGGAAAUGUUUUGCAGAUAAGUCCAGUCUUUCUGCACAUCAGAGAUCUCACACAGGGGAGAGACCAUAUUCCUGUGCUGAGUGCGGGAAAUGUUUUUCACGGAAGUACGAUCUUUAUACUCAUCAGAGGACUCACAGAGGUGAGAGACCAUAUUCCUGUGCUGAGUGCGGGAAAUGUUUUUCACGGAAGUCCGAUCUUUAUACUCAUCAGAGGACUCACACAGGGGAAAAGCCAUAUUCCUGUGCUGAGUGCGGGAAAUGUUUUGCAGAUAAGUCCAGUCUUUGCAGACAUCAGAGAUCUCACACAGGGGAGAAGCCGUAUUCCUGUCCUGAGUGCUGGAAAUGUUUUUCAACUAAGCCCAGUCUUUCUGAACAUCAGAGAUGUCACACAGAAGAGAGGUCAUAUUCCUGUCCUGCAUGUGGGAAAUGUUUUUCAAGGAGGUUCAAUCUUUACAGACAUCAGAGAUCUCACACGGGGGAGAAGCCACGUUCCUGUCCUGAGUGA